UUGUGAAUCACUAAAUUGUAAGCAAAGAACAAAACUUUCUGAAACUGCAUAUAUAGGACGCAGCUCUUACAUAUAUCCCCAAAAAGCAAAAAAAAAAAAAUGUCCCUUUUUAAUUUUCGGAAUUGUUGCUAUGGAGACUCCAAAGCUUCUGGGGUGGACAAGGAUCUCCCUCAAUCACAUGAAGAUUCCCUAUUGGGAUUGAGAGUGGAUUUAAUCAAGAAAGCGUGUGCUUUGGCAUUCAAAGCUCACAAAUCUCCAAAGAAGUAUUAUCUUCUUGAAAAGAAGAACAGGAGUUGGUUGGAAGCUGACCUUAUUAUUAUCAGCUUUCAUGGAUCAUGGGCUUCAAGUGAUUGGUUCGUUGACAAAUCUUACGGGGUAACAAAGAUAAACCAGCAAUUGUUUCCUUCACUUAAAAGUAUUGGCAAUGAUGAAGUUGCCUUGGUGAAUGAAGCUUUUCAGCUGAGAUUCGAAUCAAUUUUAAGCAAUUCAUCUCUUAAACAUGAGGUGAAAGAAGCUAUGACAAAAGGGAAGCAGUUAAUGUUUACAGGGCACUCUUCUGGUGCUGCAAUGGCCAUUCUUGCAACAUUGUGGGUCUUGGAAGAGUACCUAACUAACAAUAACAAGAACAAAAACCACAAGCUUCCCCAAUGUAUAACUUUUGGGUCUCCCUUAAUUGGCAAUCACAUAUUCUCUCAUGCCACAAGGAGGGAAAAUUGGUCUCACCACUUCACACAUUUUAUUACCACUUUGGACAUAAUGCCACGGAUUUUGUUUGCUCCUUUCCAUUCUAUUCAGCCAAUUUUCAGCUCAAUUCUCCAACUCUUCAAUCCAAAGUCCAAAUCUUCUGGCACCGAUUCGGAAACAGACCGUGUGAUUUCUGAAUUUUACUCAACUGUGAUGAGAAACACAGCAACAGUUACAAGCUAUGUUAUCUCGAAUCUCAUGGAUGACACAAAUUUGCUACUUGAGACUCUACCCAAUCUCCUUGAUUUAAGUCCUUACCGACCCUUUGGAAACUUCAUUUUCUGUGCCGCAGAUCGACCACCGGCUGUGGUAAGAAAUUCAGAUGUUGUCUUGCAACUUUUAUUCUACACUGCUCGGAUAAACGACAUGUCAGAAGUUUCUGAUGUUUCCAAGAAAAGCAUAAUGCAACAUUUGAGGUAUGAGGUUGAAUUCCAGCAAAGUUUCGAAAUUUCGAAUGUAGUGUACUUGGAUCAACUGGAGGAGCUUUCUUUGGCUGCUGAUGGUUCUAACAGAUUAACAGUUAGCACAGCCUUGGACAGUUUUGGACUGUUUCAGGACACAAUAGCAAGAUUGCGCCUUCGAGCAGCUGGCGAGUGGCAGAAACAGAAAUACAAAAAUGAAGAGAAAGUCAACAGGGAAUUUAAUGAGAAAGCCGCGGCGACCAUGAAGCAUUUGAAAGACUACAAAGAAACAUGUGAGGUAAGUUACUAUGAUGCCUUCAAGGUGCACAAGGAUGAAAGAGACUUCAAAGCAAAUGUGAAGAGGCUUGAAUUGGCAGGGGUGUGGGAUCAUAUCAUGGAGAUGCUAAAAAAGUAUGAACUCCCCGAUGAGUUUGAAAGCAAAGCAGAAUGGAUUGAGCGUGGUACAAUGUACCGCACUCUGGUGGAGCCUCUUGAUGUUGCGAAUUACUAUCGCCAUUUUAAGGACAAAGAUGGAGGACCAUACAUGGACAAGGGAAGUAGGCCAAAGAGAUAUAGGUACUUACAAAGGUGGGUUGAGCAUGCAGGGAGAAUGAAGAGUGAAGAUGAUUACUCCGAGUCAUGCUUUUGGGCUGAGUUGGAGGAACUAUGGAAAGAAAUUAAUGACAACAAUGGUUCAUUUGAAGAUGUUAAGGAAAGGGUUUUGAAACUUGAGACUCGCAUAAAGGAAUGGUUUGAGAAAGGGAAAUUGGACAAAGAUGUGUUAUUCGAAGGUUCUACUUUGGUGAAUUGGUGGAAAGCUUUGCCUCCUAAUCAUAAGAAAGAAUCGCCCAUUAGAAGUCUUGUUGAAAUGUCUCAAGGAAUAAACAUGCAAUAGAAUGCUAUUCUACUCUAUAAUAAUCCAUUGGGGGAGUGAAGGAGAAGAUGUAUUUGGAUAGGGAAGGAUGGCAAUAGUUUCAAAGUUAGAACAAUAAUGUGCAUAUUGUCAAUUACCUUUUACUAGAGGAGUAUUAAUAUUAUGAAUUCAA